GCAAAAGACCGAUUCCGGAUCUGGCGAUGGCGUACAUACACGUGCAGUCGAGUGAUAUAUAGGUUAUUCGUUCGCUGAAGAAUAUUAAAUUGUGAUUUUAAUUUAGAGCGUAUCAAUUUAUUGUUUCGUCAUGCCUGCUGUAGACAGAAUCACAAAGCCAACUACACAUAGGGGCAAGAAAGCUAUAUUGAAGAAGGAGCCCAAGUUGGUGGAAAAUGGCAAGGAAGCUUUAUGCCUCAGGGGUAAACACACGUCGCAGAUUGUCACUGAUUUUAUGAAGGAUUUGUACGAUCUGAAGAAACCCAAUGCGCAAAUGAUGAAACAGAAAAAUGACAUACUGCCAUUUGAAGAUAUUACACCCAUUGAAAAAUUCGCGCUCAAGUACAACGCGUCCCUCUUCAUGAUGGCUUUGCACAAUAAGAAACGCCCGCACAAUCUUGUGAUGGGUCGAAUGUACGAGCACACGUUAUUGGACAUGAUAGAAUUUGGCGUAGAGAAUUAUAAAGGAUUGAAGGACUUCAAAGUUGAGAAGAUCACCUCGGGAAUAAAGCCACUGUUGAUCUUUAACGGUGAAUUUUUUGAGAGUAAUCACGAAUACGUCAGGAUCAAAAACUUGCUUGUCGACAUGUUCCUGAGGGAAGAGGUUCAAAAGAUCAGAUUGCAGGGUCUUGAACAUGUUUUGAGUUUCACAGCUGUCGAGAAUAAAAUACUUUUGCGUAGUUACAGGAUACUUUUGAAAAAGUCCAACACGAAAACACCUAGGAUAGAACUGGAGGAAAUAGGACCGCGUGCCGAUUUAGUGUUCAGACGCAACAAAUUCGCCUCUGAAGAUUUAUUCAAGCGAGCUUGUAAGAGACCUAAGGCACUCAAGGUGAAGACGAAAAAGAAUAUCUCUAAAGAUACAUUUGGAUCAAUGCAUGGCCGUAUACAUGUUGGAGCACAAAAUAUCAAUAGUAUUCAAACGAGAAAGAUGAAAGGCUUAAAGAAAACAUUGUCCGAGAAGAAGAGUGAAAAGAGAAAAAUUGCUGACGAUAAUAACGAUGGCGCGAAGAAAUUAAAAGAAACUUCGAAUUGAAAGAUUGAUUGGGUUAUUUAUAUAUAAUUAAAUGAAAAGAAUGUAAUUUUAAUACAUUUUUUUAUUCGAGAUAUAAUUAUUUCCAACUCCAGCUGGCGUCAUUUUGUUGAUCCUGCAAUCAGUAAUAUAGAUCUCGUAU